AUGGACUGUCUCCUGCUGGCCGUCUGGACUUUACCUGCUGCGAUCCUCGGCGGCAACUCCAUGCAAUUCCAGACUCUCCCGUGGCUCGGAAGCGCUGUAAAGACUCUUCAGCUGUGUUGCCUCUGUUGCAUGUCUCACGCGGCAGCUUUAACCAGUGACAGCAUCAGUGAAUUGACUCAUGAUUAUGUGUUUGUGACACCUGUCAGAGUGGAUGCCAGCGGAUCGUACAUUUCACAUGAUGUUUUGCACAGUACUAGGAGAAAAAGAUCAACUCAGAGUUCAAAGAGUUCCUUGCACUACAAAUUUUCAGCAUUUGGACAGGAACUUCACUUAGAGCUUAAACCUUCGACCAUUUUAAGCAACAGUUUUAUUGUCCAGGUACUCGGGAAAGAUGGAGUGUCAAAUUCUCAGGACCAUGAAAUUGAGCAGUGUUUCUACCAGGGAUUUAUAAGGAAUGAUAGCACCUCUUCAGUAGCAAUAUCUACGUGUGUAGGCUUGUCGGGAUUGAUACGCACGCAGCAGAUGGAGUUUCUGAUCUCCCCGUUACCUCAGCGCCUGGCCCGGGAGCACAACUACACGUCCCCCGCCGGGCACCACCCGCACGUGCUGUACAAGAGGACGGCAGAGGGGCAGGUGCACGGGCCCCCAGCCCGGCCCCAUCCCAAAUCCAUCCCCCGGGGCCGGCGCAGGACGCGCGCCCACCCUGCGCGCCCCAGCGCGUACCACCACGGACGGUUCCAAAAGCAGCAUUUUUGUGGACGUCGCAAGAAAUAUGCACCCAAGCCACCCACAGAAGAGACCUACAUUCGCUCAGAUGAGUACGGGACUUCUGCGAGGUUCAAAAGAUCAUCUGCUAAAAUUCAGAAAAAUGGGAGUCUGAAUGUCGAAACCCUUGUUGUGGCAGAUAAAAAAAUGUUGGAGAAACAUGGCAAGGAAAAUGUAACAACAUAUAUCCUAACAGUCAUGAACAUGGUCUCUAGUCUGUUUAAGGAUGGAACAAUUGGAAGUGAUAUAAACAUUAUUGUUGUGAGCCUGCUUCUUUUGGAACACGAGCCUGGCGGGCUGCUGAUCAACCACCACGCUGACCAGUCCCUGAACAGCUUCUGCCAGUGGCAGUCUGCCCUGGUUGGGAAGAACGGGAAGCGCCACGAUCACGCCAUCCUCCUGACGGGCUUUGACAUCUGCUCCUGGAAGAACGAGCCCUGUGACACUCUAGGAUUUGCACCCAUCAGUGGCAUGUGCAGCAAAUACCGCAGCUGCACCAUUAAUGAGGACACAGGCCUUGGACUGGCUUUUACAAUCGCUCAUGAAUCUGGACAUAACUUUGGGAUGAUUCAUGAUGGAGAAGGAAAUGCUUGUAGAAAAGCUGAGGGAAAUAUUAUGUCUCCCACACUCACUGGAAACAAUGGAGUGUUUUCUUGGUCUGUGUGCAGCAGGCAGUAUCUCAACAAAUUUCUCAGUACAGCUCAAGCUGCCUGCCUGAUUGAUGAACCUAAGCAAACAGGACAGUAUAAAUACCCUGACAAACUGCCAGGGCAGAUCUAUGAUGCUGAUACCCAGUGCAAAUGGCAAUUUGGAAUGAAAGCAAAACUGUGCAACCUCAGCUUUGUAAAGGAUAUCUGCAAAUCCCUUUGGUGUCACAAAGUGGGUCACAGGUGUGAGACAAAGUUCAUGCCCGCAGCAGAAGGAACAGCUUGUGGUAUAAGUAUGUGGUGCCGCAGAGGACAGUGUGUGCAGUACGGGGAACACGGGCCCAAGCCCGUCCAUGGCCAGUGGUCCGCCUGGUCCCAGUGGUCCGAGUGCACGCGCACCUGCGGAGGGGGCGUCACCUACCAGGAAAGACACUGCAAUAAUCCAAAGCCGCAGUACGGCGGGAAGUUCUGCCAGGGCUCGGGCCGUGUGUAUCAGCUCUGCAAUAAGCAGCCUUGCCCAGCAGGCAGCCUGGACUUCCGAGCCCUGCAGUGUGCAGAGUACAACAGCAAACCCUUCCGGGGCUGGUUCUACAAGUGGAAGCCCUACACCAAAGUGGAAGAGCAAGACAGAUGUAAAUUGUAUUGCACAGCUGAAGACUUUGACUUUUUCUUUGCAAUGUCCAGCAAAGUGAAGGAUGGAACUCUGUGUUCUCCAAAUAACUAUGAUGUUUGUAUUGAUGGGAUAUGUGAACAAGUAGGGUGUGAUCAUGGACUUGGUUCCAAAGCUGUGUUGGAUGCUUGUGGAGUUUGUAAAGGAGAUAAUUCAACGUGCAAGUUCUUUAAAGGCCAAUACUUGACCCAGCACAAAGCUAAUGACUACUACGCGGUGGUGACGGUGCCGGCGGGCGCGCGCAGCAUCCAGCUGCAGGAGCUGCACGUCUCCCCCAGCUACCUAGCCGUGCGCAGCCUGGCCAGCAGGUACUACCUGACAGGAGACUGGACCAUCGACUGGCCUGGGAAGUUCCCUUUUGCUGGGACGGUUUUUGAUUACCAGCGCUCCUUUAACCAGCCCGAGAGUCUCUACGCGGCAGGACCCACUAAUGAGACGCUGGUCUUUGAACACACACAAAACUGUUCCGCUGCAAUUUUUCAUUCAACUAAAUUAGUUUUGUGUAAGAUAAGGUUUUCCAGGGUUUGGACCUCAACUUCUUCCUGUAAUCUACAGAUCCUGUUACAAGGCAAAAACCCUGGGAUUUCUUGGGAAUACACAUUUGCCAAAAGCAGCAUUGAGAACAAGACAUCUGUCAGGAAGCACAGCUACUCCUGGGUGACAGUGCAGUCUGAGUGCUCAGCGACCUGUGGUGGUGGACACAUUACAGCAAAAGCAAUUUGUUUGGAAGAUCACCGUGCACGAGUCAACGCCUCCUUCUGUGGCCCAAGGACAAAGCCUUUGACUGAAACCAAGCCGUGCAACACAAACCCCUGCCCAGCCUACUGGUCAGCAGGUGAAUGGAGCACAUGCAGCAAGUCUUGUGGAGGGGGACAGCAAAGUCGUCUCAUUCAGUGUGUCCAGAAAAGGGCUUUCCAAAGAGAGGAGGUGGUGGCGCAUUCCCUGUGUCCUGUCAGCACCCCAGCACAGGUGCAAGUGUGCAGUGCUCAGGACUGCCCACCCGAAUGGAGCCCUGGCCCAUGGUCUCAGUGCUCCAAGACUUGUGGGAGAGGUAUUAAGAAACGGGAUGUCUACUGCAAGAGUCCUGGUUCUCCCAAGGUGAAAAUCUUGCCUGAAAGCAUGUGCAGCACAGAGCCUAAGCCUGAGUCCCAGCAGACCUGUGUGCUCGGCCGCUGUCCCAAAAACGACCGGCUCCAGUGGGUGAUUUCUUCCUGGAGUGAGUGCUCAGCCUCCUGCGGGCCCGGCCUGCGGCAGCGAGAACUCAAAUGUGGAGAGAAGAGCAUCCACGGGAAAUUGGUCACCUUCCCCCAGAGGAGAUGCAGGAACAUCAAGAAACCAAACACCAGCCUGGAGGAAGCUUGUAACAAGGGAGCCUGUCCAUCACAGACGCUGUAUAACAUGGUGUCUGGCUGGUACUCCUCGCCCUGGCAGCAGUGCACGGUGACCUGCGGCGGGGGAGUGCAGACGCGGAGCGUGCAGUGCCUGCGCCAGGGCAGGCCGGCUGCUGGCUGCCUGCCCCAGCAGAAACCAGCUGUCCUGAGAGCCUGCAACACCAACUUCUGCCCAGUCCCCGUGAAAAGAGAUGAUCCUUCUUGUGUGGAUUUCUUCACUUGGUGUCAUCUGGUGCCCCAGCAUGGUGUCUGUAACCACAAAUUUUAUGGCAAGCAAUGUUGUAAAUCAUGUACGAAGAAGAACUGAGAGCAGCGUGUUAUCUGAACCCUUCAGCAACAGGAUUCUCUUCUUCAAUUUAUGUUGGAUUUAUCUCUGCUUUGAGGCAAGACAUGGUGCCACAUAAACCACUGAUGGGAGAGACAUUUUUUCUAAGGGAAUGUCUGAGGUACAGUAAUUGUUGGAUUUAUGUUGAAAAAGGAAUGUUUCUUUCUUAUUUUUUCUUAAUUUGCUGACCUCACUAAAGCACAGGGUACUAUGGAUCACUUGAACACUGAGACUCAAGGGGAAGUUCUUUCUUUAAAAGUGUCAUUUUGCACUGUCACAUGUUACGAGGAAGAAAUUAAGGCAAGGGAGCCUUUUCUGGCUGAUUUACCAGAAUGCAAAGCAGGAGAGCUUGGCAGCUGAGGAGGAGGCAGCAGGACAGAGCACACACCAUCAGAAGUGUGUCCUUUGCUAUUUUUUGUGACUGUUGUCCCAGGGUGAGGAAGCUGUUUGCUGCCCUGGAGGGACAUCCAUGGCUGAGGGCUGGAGAAGGCAGUGUCACACGUGUGGCCACCAGAAGUUA